AUGGAAGUAGUUCGAGAAGAACAAGCUGCCUUCAGAGAGAAGAUGGACUCUGUCAAAAGCAAUAUUGAGCAGAUCUUUGAGGCUAUACAAGCUCUGGCUAGAAGGGAAGAAGAGGCUCGUGUCACCGCUGCUGCAAGGAACGAUGCUCUAGUUCAAGGGGUUACUCUUCAGUCAGGACCUUCAGUUCCUAUUCCAAAUCCCGUUAUCUACGGUCUUCCUCCAGGUUUUGUUCCACCGCCUGAAAGAACUCAUGUGCCUCCACAUGCGCAUACUUCUGGAGUAGCUGAUGGAGUCACUGCGCAAGGACCUCUGAUAGUCAAUCAAGUGGUCAUUCCCCGCACUGAUGAGGAGCUCCAGGACGAGUUUGAAAUGCAGAAUUACAAUGGAGCUACUCCAGUGGUCAUCCCUACUGCUGCCCAAGAUUCUGAGGCUAUCUUAAUGUGUCGGGCUAUGGCCGAAAAGCUAAGAAUCUUGGAAGGACAUAACUCAACCCGAUUGAGUGCCUUGGAGAUGUGUCUGGUCCCAGACGUGGUGAUUCAUCCAAAAUUCAAAGCGCCGGAAUUUGAAAAAUACAAAGGCCUCACAUGUCCUAACAUACACUUGAAAAUGUAUUGCAGAAAAAUGGCUGCCUAUACCAGAGAUGAUAAGCUCAUGAUCCAUUGCUUUCAGGACAGUCUAACUGGGGCAUCUUUGGAUUGGUACAUGCAAUUGGAGUGUAGCAACAUCCACACUUGGGAUGAGUUGGUUGAAGAAUUUGCAAAGCAAUACAAAUAUAAUAAUGACUUGGCCCCAAACCAUACUCAGCUUCAGAGUAUGGCCCAGAAAGACAGUGAGUCUUUCAAAGAAUAUGCGCAACGCUGGAGAGAAUUGGCUGCAAGGGUGCACCCACCAUUGGUUGAUCGUGAAUUGAUUGACAUUUUCAUGGGUACCUUGCAGGGCCAAUAUUAUGAAAGAUUGAUCAAUAGUGUCUCCACAGGAUUUUCUGACAUGGUGAUCGUGGGAGAAAGAGUAGAAGAAGGACUGGAAAGUGGUAAAAUCCAGGGAGGUUCCAGCAGUCAACCAAUCUUGAAGAAGCCUUUCAACGGAUUCAAGAGGAAGGAGGGUGAGACUAGUGCCAUUUCUUCUCAGAGGGGGAGGGCACCAUACAAGGCUCCUGCUUCUGUGCCUUAUUAUCAGUACCCUUACGUAUCGGCUACUCAAUAUCCAGCCAUGCCUUACCGUCCAAUUGAUCCUGUUCCUAUUCCAGCUCCGGUACCUCACUAUCAAGUUCCAGUUCUUCAAUAUCAAGCUCCACAACCUCAGCUCCAGGCUCCUCCACCUCAACAUCAAUAG